AUGCGGCUCCUGAUCGGCUAUUUUGGGAAAUGCCCCGGCGGAGCUUCGCGCGAGGACGUCGAUCGACAAAGCUUCGAAGCUCCGAAUUCCGAAGGUGGAGCAGCGUCUGAUUCGUGCUAUGAUGCGGCUCUACCUGACCUGCGGCCCUCGAACCCCUCUUGGGCGUCCAAGCCUUCCACAUAUCUUGCUCUCCGAGACAAACGGCGCAACACGACACAACCUCCUUCGCUGGACGUGAUGAAUGACGCUCGAAUCCCACCAGAUUGUGCCGAAAUCGGACCAGUGCAAGCCUGUCCCGACUACAUGUGCUUCUCCCCCAAACGCGAGAGACGCAAGACAGAGCCUGCUCCUCUGCUCCAGAGCGCGAUCGUCCAGUUGUCAGAUGAGGAUCUCUUUCGCCCUUUCGCAAGCUCAGUCGCUGCGUCCCCCCAGCUUGCUCUGACCAAGUGUACGAGAAGCACCGAGAAUCUGAGCGCCAGGACAAGUAUGCAAGUUGUAGACUCUCGCUGGCCGGUGCAGAAGCACGCAAAGUCAUACGAGCAGCUCAGUCUGUUCAGAUCCACCGCAAUCGAUGCAAACCAAGAUGACGAGAUCAUGGCUAUGCCGAUCUCGGAUCAGCUCACUUGGCCCAGACGCAUCGCCUCAAGCGCCAACGUGCAACAUGCUCUCGGCCCCUCCCCUCUUCAGCCCGCGUCAUCCACGCCCGCAGGUGGGACCCACUGGCAGCCGCCUCGCGUGCUGCAUUCCUCACAGUUCCAGCCCGUUUCCGAUAAGAGCAAGCUGCCUCCAAUCCAGAACACCGGCAACACGGGUCCGCUCGUGGCUCAAGAGGGUGACUGGACGUGCGGCGUCUGUCACUACGUCAAUUGGCGCCGUCGAACGAUCUGCAUGCGCUGUUUCCCUCAGUUCGCAGGCAAAGAUGCUGCGCAGCGUUUCAUCGUGGCUCAACAGGAAGCUGCCAAGCUGGCAGAAGAGGCAAAGGUUGUGAGCGAAGGUGCUAUUGUCCGGCUAGACGACCUAGCAAGUCGUCUCGAGAUGGCCACACUCGAGUGGGAGCCCCCACGCUCCAUUGCCAGGCGCCAUUCGGAGUCGCUUCUCUCGACCGUGCCGCCUCCCGUUUCGGGCAGGACUCGAUCUAUCACUUCAUCAGAUCUUCGGAGCUGGUCGAGCGCUCGCAAGCAGAAGCACGCCUAGACCCCUACGCGGUGCACCAUCUAAUCACUUCACGAUCAGAGCACGGAGUCAUGGAAAAAGUCGAAGCGGAUCAAACAGGAAGGAUCGCUGUCCAUCUGGCUCGUCCUUGCUCAGCAUCGAGAUCGUCUGUCGUCGGGCCGCGACUCCUCAACAUGUGACAGCAGUACCUCAAGGCGGUCACAAUGCACUCUGCACUGUCUUCUUUCGCUAAUUGAACGCGUG